CCGAGUGGCAGCGACGGCGGUUUGUGUUUGUGAUCGGGGUGAGAGAGAAAGAGAGAGGCAGCUCCGGGGACAGCGGCCGGAGAGUAGCCCAGGGAAUCAUUGUCCCCCUCUCUGUCCGGGCUUCACUCACACACUCUGUCCCCCCCGCCUUCGGUACCCGCACCUGCACCUGCACCAUGCCCGGGGCUCAGCACAUCGAGCUCCUCAUCCAGGCCGCACAGUAUCUGGAGCGAAGAGAGAGAGAGGCUGAGCAUGGUUAUGCAUCCCUGCCCCCCCACCGGAGCGAGGAGACCGGUAGCAAAAGGAAAAAGAAAAGCAAGAAGAGAGCGGGGAGCAGGUCAACACACAAUGAAAUGGAAAAAAACAGGCGGGCCCACCUGCGACUUUGCUUGGAGCGGUUGAAAGAAUUGGUGCCGGUGGGAGCUGAGAACACCAGACACACCACACUCAGUUUACUCAUGAAAGCCAAAUUGCAUAUCAAGACACUUGAAGAAGUUGACAGAAGGGCACUUCAUCAGAUUGACCAGUUACAACGGGAGCAGCGUCACUUGAAGCGGCAGCUGGAACUGCUGAGUGUGGAGAGAACACGGAUGGACAGUAUAGGAUCGACUGUUUCUUCGGACAGAUCCGAUUCUGAUCAAGAAGAUAUCGACGUAGACGUGGAGAGCACGGAAUAUCUGUCAGGAGACCUGGACUGGAGCAAUAGCAGUGUGAGUGACUCUGACGAGCAAAUCAGUGUGAAGAGUAACUACAGCGAUGAGGGCUACUUCAGCACUGACAAGAGAAUGAAACUGCUCCCAGCCCCCCUCAAGGGCCACUCCAGCCUAUAAGGAAUACCAGUCCAGUCCGAACCUUGCAACUCCAUUGUUGGAUUUAGUGUUCAGUAGCACAACAUGUCUCUUUUUCCCCCUAUUCACCAAGCAUUAUUACCUCCUGGUACUUCACAGUUGCCCUGAAGACAGUGCACACCGUUUUAAGAAUGCAACAAAGUGCAGAAGAUCUGAAGGGGGAGAGGAAGAGGGCUUUUCUCUCUAAAGGGAUGCCUCAUAUUUUCACAGGUCUCGCUUUUUCUUUCAUGUGCUUGUUUGUGCGCACGUUCUUUCCAUCUUUUUUCACUUCUCCACCAUCUCCCCCAACCCCUCCCUGGCCACUUCCCAAUUAUGUUUGGAGGCACUUAUAAUGCUUGCAUCAGUGUCGGGAAUGAGAGUUGUUAACAGCUGCAAGCACGUCACAAAGGGUGCUGCAUCAUGCCACAUGUGGGCUGUAAACCCAUUUCGCCCAGGAACUCCAAGUGGCAAUUUAGUAUGACGCACAUGUUGCAUUACUCACAUUCUCUAGUUUAAACUUGUUUAUGAUACAAGAAAAGUUACCUCAUGUUUUCAACAAAUUCAGCAAAAAAAAGCAUCAAUUUUUAUAUAACUCUUAAUAUGGAUUAAUGAAUAUGGGUUUAUUUAUAAUUGGUACUGUUUUUGUUACCAAUCAAUAAUGGUUAAAUUUCAAGUGCAUUUUAUUGGAUUGGGUGCGCUAGCCAAUUCCCCUUCCCUCUCCCAUCCCCCUUUCCCAUUGUAACAGAUGAAUACGGUGCAUGUAGUUCCUCUUGAGGUAGAAAGCAAAAUCAUUCUGUAACCUAUUCGAGGGACGGCAGUGGAAACCCUGUGUGAAAACCUGUCUUUAAAUGUUAAUCUGUCAAGUCAGAGAGGCCUCUUGAGCU